AGUGUGUUGCCGGAGGGAGAAAGCAGACAGCGAGAGUCUGACUAACUUUCAUCUCUGAACACUUGCACACAUUACAGCUGUUUACAAAACUUUUGGGGAUCUUCUGCUUUCUGGUUAAUUUGUGGAAUAUUUUUCACGAAGGUUUGGACUUUUCUUUUUCCUGCUGGAAAAAAAUGGCACUCAGACAAGACUCGGAUAAAGAACCACGAAUCGAGCUCUUCAUAAAGGCGGGUCAUGACGGAGAGAAUGUGGGGAACUGUCCCUUCUGCCAGAGACUCUUCAUGGUUCUUUGGCUGAAAGGAGUCAAGUUCACAGUAACCACCGUUGACAUGAGGAAGAAGCCAGAAGAGCUAAAGGAUUUAGCUCCAGGUACCAACCCUCCUUUCCUCCUGUACAAUGGCACGCUGAAGACCGACUUCAUUAAGAUCGAAGAGUUCCUGGAGACCACACUCGCCCCUCCUCGCUAUCCUCAUCUCAGCCCCCGCUACAAGGAGUCUUUUGAUGUUGGUGCUGACAUUUUUGCCAAGUUUUCUGCAUUUAUCAAGAACAGCCCAAACAAUGCUUUCCAUGAAAAAGCCUUAUUGAGGGAGUUCAAGCGUCUGGAUGACUAUCUGAACACUCCACUUCAGGAUGAGCUAGAUCAAAACAUCAGCAUAUCCACAAGAAAGUUCCUUGAUGGCAACCGCUUGACACUGGCAGACUGCAACUUGCUACCAAAGCUACACGUCAUCAAGGUUGCUGCCAGGAAGUACUGUAGUUUUGACAUUCCUGCUCAGUUCACUGGGGUGUGGCGUUACCUGCAGAAUGCAUAUGAGAGAGAAGAGUUCAGCCAGACCUGUCCAGCUGACAUCGAAAUUGAGAAAACCUAUCUGAGUGUGGUCAAGAGGAACUGAACUUCAGAUUAAUGAGGGAAUAAAUGUUUAAAUAGUGUAAAUAGUUUAACAUUGCAGUUUCUAGUUGAAGUUCACAGUUUUAAAUUACAGCAAACACAAAAGGCGCACACAGUUUGCUGAUGCACUUUCUUUGUGCCUGUGAUCUCAGAGCCCUUAGAUUACUAGAAUACUUUUGAGUGACUGCUAAUGUCAAAGAGGCUUUAUUCUGGUCGUUUUAGAUGUUAUAGGAUCUUUUGCAAACAAUCUUGAGCACAAUCACCUAUUGUGCUCAAGAUCAUUCGCAAAAUAUCCUAUAACAUCUAAAACCUCCCGAAUAAAGCUUCUUGUGCUUCUAACGGCAUGUAUUGUUUUUGUGCAUAAUGUAUAUAUGUAUUUUACAUUCAUUAGGGUAUAUUCGGUUAUAUGUAAUGUAUAUCUUUUAAUCAUCUGUAAGAAUGAGUUGAAAACACAAAUCAUGUGCAGUACAUAAGUCAAUGAGUAAUGGUUGUUUAGUAUUAAGGGUUAUUGUGACGAAUGAACUGCACAAACACCAUUGUUAGACAUAAAAAAAAAUUAAACUGCUUUCUUUCAUAUGUUACAUAAAAUAAAAUUAAUAUCAUGCAUAUCA